GAAAGGGCAAAGGUUGAUGCUGAAAGGAAGGAGCUAGAGCAACUCCGGGCGCUUUACCAUGAGUCGAAGAGCCACCUUGAUAAGUGCCCCGAGUCAAUGCAGGAGCAGUUGCGGGAGCAGAUGCGAAGGGUCAGUGCGGAGGUGCUGGAGACGGAGGCCAAGCUGUUCGAGGACUUGGAGUUCCAGCAGCUGGAGCGGGAGAGCCGCCUCGUCCGGCUGCAGAGCGCCCAGGAGGCCGAGCGCCUGGCCAGGGAGAGGAACGGCGUCCUGCAGCUCCUGCAGAAGGAGAAGGAGAAGCUUGUGUCUCUGGAGAGGCGCUACCAGCUCGUCACAGGCGGCAGGAACUUCCCCAAAAUGUCCUCAGCUCUCAGAGACGAGACCCUCCAUAUCUCCGAGCCUUAUGAGCUGUUGGAGGGAACUAAGCCCCCGAGCCCCCUGCCAGCAGCAGCUGCUUCCCUAGCUUCUCCUGCCGCCCGCUCCUACCCCAAGGCACAAGAGGUCUACCGUGCCAAAACUGAGUGCGACGCUGGUGCCCUCACCCCUCGGAUGAAGAGUGGGACCCCCUCGUCCUCGCAGCUCAACCUCUCCCUCCUUGGGCGCAGCCCCUCGCCCAAGGAGCAGAAGCGGCGGCUGGCGGAGCUGAAGCAGAAAGCGGCUGCCGAGGCUCAGUCCCAGUGGGAAGCCCUGCACGGGCUGCCCCCCUUCCCUGCCGCCUUCCCCCCACUUGUGCAUCACUCCAUCCUCCACCACCACCGUCCCCACGGCGUCGGGCCCCGGGCCGAGGAGCUGGACCACGCGUAUGACACCCUCAGCCUGGAGAGCUCGGACAGCAUGGAGACCAGCAUCUCCACUGGCAACAACUCUGCCUGCUCGCCCGACAACAUCUCCAGUGCCAGUGGGAUGGAGGCGGGGAAGAUCGAGGAGAUGGAGAAGAUGCUGAAGGAGGCGCAUGCGGAGAAGUCGCGGCUGAUGGAGUCCCGGGCUCGUCCCCUGACGCGGUACCUCCCCAUCCGCAAGGAGGAUUUUGACCUGCGGCUGCACAUUGAGUCUUCGGGCCACAGCGUGGACACUUGCUACCACAUCAUCCUGACGGAGAAGAUGUGCAAGGGCUACCUGGUCAAGAUGGGCGGCAAGAUCAAGUCCUGGAAGAAGCGCUGGUUCGUCUUCGACCGCAUGAAACGCACCCUGUCCUACUACGUGGAUAAACACGAGACAAAGCUGAAGGGCGUUAUCUACUUCCAAGCCAUUGAGGAGGUUUACUAUGACCACCUCCGCAGUGCAGCAAAGGCCGUGGUGUUGUGGCCUUACACCAGAGAAUCGAUAACGUGUUAUGAGGCCCUAGGCUCGGUGGGUAUCUGA